AUGUCAAUGUACUAUGUAAAACAAGUGUAUAAUAAGCACUAUACUCUCCCGCAGGAUGACUUCGAUUCCCUCCGGCCGCUCUGCUACCCCGGGACCGACGUGUUCCUGGUGUGCUUCAGCGUGGUGUCGCCGACCUCCUUCCACAACGUGCGCGAGAAGUGGCUGCCCGAACUGCGCCACCACAACCCCCGCGUGCCCAUCGUGCUCGUCGGUACCCAGAGCGACCUCAGGACAGAUGUGAAGGUCCUCAUAGAGCUAGCGCAGUACCGCGAGCAGCCCGUGACGGAGGUGGCGGCGCGGCGCCUGGCCCACCAGAUCGGCGCCGUCGGCUACGUGGAGUCGUCGGCCCUGACGCAGCGCAACCUGAAGGAGGUGUUCGACCAGGCCAUCCUCGCCGCCCUCGAGGCCCGCAGCAGCCCGCCGCUGUCCCGGGGCGGCUCCUCCAAGCGCUCCUUCUCGUCGCGGCACCGGAAGGCCGGCAGCGGCGGCGGCGGCGGCGGCGGCGGCGCGCGGGACGGCGCCAGCGAGCCGCUCAACCACCGCGACGGCCGCCACGCCCUCGACUACACGGACGACACCGCCAGGAAGCGCGGCUGGCGGAAGCUCUGCUGCUUCUCUUGAUCCACGCCCGCGUCCGCGCGCAGCCCCCGCCCCCCGCGCGCGCCCGCGGCGAGGCGCUGGCUGCCCCGUGUCCCGAGAUCGAGGUGAUGCCGUCACCACAAACGCCUCCUCUAAAGUGUCUUUUCGUGCUCGGUGCGGAGGGCGGCCUCGACCCGCCUCCGGGGCCUCUCAGAGUUCCCUCUCUAUGACGGCCUCCUGCCUGCUGGCCUCCUGCUGCGUCCUGCGUUCGUCCACGCUCCUCGGGGAAUCUCUCGAGCCGAAGCCUCCCAGUGCAAGGUGCAGAGACCUUGGCGUGCGUCGGCUCCCUCCCGCCUGUGAAAUGCAGUGGACCCCAGAUAAAGGACCUGCAGCCGGGUUGUUUCUAGACGCAGAGCAAUCGAGAGGCUAAAACUCCCUGAUGAACUAAAUACUAUGAUUUUAUACUUUCAUUACAAUCAUUUUGAUUUCUUCGAACGAUUCAGCAAGCAGGAAAAAUAGCACAAAUUACGCUUAAAUUGUCCCUUCUUUUUUAAGAUCCCUUAGUGAAUCAUUCCUCAGUUCUCCAAACACCCCAUUAGAAGUCUUUUUUCCCCCUUUCCCCUUUUCCCCUUUCCCCCUUUUCCCUGAACCCCAGACGUCGAGCGGGCCAACUCCCGAAGCACCGAGCCGAGCUUCUGAAACCGGAACGAACCAGGAGAAACUUUUUUCGGAACCCAAUGGCAGUGUUGGACGAAAGUUCCUCGAGUUCAUGACUUUAAGGAUAAUUGAACAAAAGAAAAGAAAAAAGAGAACAAUAUUGAUAAAGAAACUCGGGAUGACUCUGUCCAUGAUGUGGUGAUGAACACUGAUGUUGUUUGACAGAUGAGAAACGUAUAUAAAUAAAUAUAUAUAUAUAUAUUUGAUGAGGGCCGAUGAUGGUCGUCUGAAUUUUAUCCCAACCGUUGUGAUAGUGUUGUAUAUAGAUAGUGUAAGGACGUAGAGUUAUGUGGACAAUUGAGCGCUCUAUGAAAGGAAAGGAAAAGAUGUCGAGGAGAAAUUUCAGUGCAGAUAUAUUAACGAAUUCUUCUUCACCUGCUGUUUGUGUGUCUUUCAAAGGGGUCGGAAGGCCAGCGCGAGUGGGUCCAGUUGUAUAUAAUUAAUUACAAAGGGAAGAUGACUGUCUGGUGUGUGUGUGUGUGUGUGUGUGUGUGUGUGUGUGUGUGUGUGUGUGUGUGUGUGUGUGUGUGUGUGUGUGUGUGUGUGUGUGUCGCGUGCAAUAAGAUACUGAAUAUCUAAUAUCAGUGUAGAUCUUACGAAGUUUGGUGGUGAUGAAGAUGAUGAUGAUGAUGAUGAUGAAAUGAUAGUGAAAGGAAGAAAGAAAACCGACGUGAAGAGAAUUUAUCAAACCGUUUUACGCAGAAGUUCCAGCGAAGCAAAGGAAGUGGGGCAAGUGAAGCAAGGCCCGAAACGCAUCUUUUAACCAACGAGAGCGGGAACAAUAAAACACACUGUACCUUA